AUGCCUCCUUCAUCGGCUCUGGUCGAGGAGGCCCCUGAGAGUAGCUCGCUCCGUCACGCCGACCGGAGUGAAAACACCUCGGGCUUCUCCGACGUCUCCUUCGGCUCCAGCAUGACGGCAGACUCGGAUCGUCUUGCCGCCGCACCGCUCGUGUCGGAUCACGGCAGCGCCGGCGACGACGGUGCCAAGAGGCAUCCCACUAUCAAGCCGACAGCGUCUUCGCAACCCGCCGCGACGAAGCCGGCGUUUGACGACGGCCGCGGAUGGAAAGCCAUUGGCGAACCCUCGUCGAGCAAGAGCCCGGUCCUCGAGGACCCGCUCACGCCGCGCGCCAACGGGCACGCACAGCUGCCCUUUUCGGAUGAUGUGCAGAACGAGGCCGGUCGUCCUUCGAACGGAGCUGCGUCUUCCAGCUCAUCGCCGCACCUGGACCCGCACCGCCGUUACGGACCCGUCGGCUCCGGCAAGACUUCUGCCAACGGCAUCCGUCUCGAAGCGGCAGCUGGGUCGUCUGACCUGUACGAGCGGGAGCCCGUCGACUCGUACGCCGCGCCGAACCUCGACGACGAUGCCGCCGAGGCCAGACGAGUGCAACAGAACCUCGAGAGGUGGGCUGCCGAAGAGCGCAACCGGCGCAAAGCAGCACGCACCUCGCGAUUCUCGCUGGGGGCGCCGCCCUCCGCUGGCAGCAACCUGGCGCGCAGGAUAUCCGGCAUCCGAUCGGCCCCGCGUUCGUCCGCGGCCGGGCUGGGCGCAGGACCAUCGUCCGAGAGGCUGGCGGACGGUGAGCCGAUUAGCCCGUCGGCGACGCUCUCGCCCGCAUCGCCGGCCAACCUGCGCUUUUCGAGGCGCGACUCGGCCGCGUCGCAGUUCGCCCAGGGCGCCGGGCGUCCCGACAGCAUUUCGUCGAUGGACAGCACUCACACCCAGGACGAGCUGAUCAGGGGCCCGCUUUCCGGAUCCAUAGGCGGAGGCGGCGCCGGCGCCGCUGGCAGCCGCAUCAGCUCCUAUGGCGGUGGCGCGGGUGUCCGGCCUUCCGACUCCGGGCCGCUCGAGGAUGUUCCAGAGUCCGAGAGCGAGACGAGCCACAAGGGCAAGGGGCGAGCCCGAAAUCCGUUCGAGGACCCCGCCGAGGCCGCAGACGACAUCUACCGGUCGCCGGCGUCGUCAGCGGCGCUCGCUUCAAAGAAGCCGACCCCGACCGCCGCGCGACCCAUCGUCACCGUAGGCCGGGCGUCGAGUAUCCAGCGUCGCACCAUCGAGGCGGGCAUGAUGGGCCGCACCGAGGGCAAGCGGCGGAUGCCCUCGAUAGUGGCCACCGACACGGAAGCGUCGAUAGCCGAGGGCGACGAGGCGUCAGGUGCCGGCGCCGGCGCCAACCCGUUUGCGAGCGCCGAGGACGGCGGUGGCGGCAUCUCGACGACGCUCCAUCAGGGCGGUCUCGACGAGGAGGUGGCCAUGGAGCUCAAUGGCCGCCGGCGCCAGUACGCCAUGACGGCGCCGGCCCCGUACGACGGCGUGCAGGACGAUGCGGGCGGCGACGUGGGGGCCGGUUCCAUGGACGUCAAGCUGUCCAACCAGCCCUCGCGCGUGUCGACGAGCAGCUCCAAGUUCCGCGAAAUGGGCAUCACGGCCGGCGGCGACGACUGGAUGGAGACGGUCGAGGCGGCCGACCAGCGCGCGCGGGGCAAGCGGGAGCGCGAACGGGCGCGGGAUCGGGAGCGGCUCCGACAGCGCGAUCAGACCGAGUCGAGAUCGUGGUGGACCGAUUGGCUGUGCGGCUGCCGCCGGGCCGACGACGACGAAGAGCAGGCCGGCCGCACGAAUCCGAUGGAGUGA